UUUCUUUUUUUCGUAUCCUGUAAUAACGCAUCAGCAAACGGUAGGGGCGACAACGUUUCUAAUUUGACAAGGUAGAAACUGAAGAAGCCUUGGGAGCAUCGCGGGAGAGGGGAGAUGGGAGGAGAGCGGAAGAUCGGGGUGGCGCUGGACUUCUCCAAGAGCAGCAAGAGGGCGCUGGAAUGGGCCAUCAGCAACCUGCUCGACAAGGGCGACAUGCUCAUCGUCCUCCAUGUCAUGCGCCCCCAGAAAGACGAGUCCAAGCACGCUCUCUGGGCCGCAUCCGGUUCCCCUCUGAUUCCUCUGACGGAGUUGAGGCAGCCGGAGGUGAUGAAGCACUACGAUCUGGAAGUCGACAUCGAGGUCCUCGACAUACUCGACACCGCUUCCAGACAGAAGGAGGCAACGAUCGUGGUCAAGUUGUACUGGGGAGAUGCGAGGGAGAAGCUCUGCGAAGCCGCAGAAGAUCUGAAGGUGGACUCGCUGGUGAUGGGCAGCAGAGGUCUUAGCCAGAUCCAGAGGAUUCUGUUGGGAAGCGUGGCAAACUAUGUAUUAUCAAAUGCAGCAUGCCCUGUGACCAUCGUUAAGGAUUCAAACUUCAAACCUUGAUGUACCUUCUGUCUAGAUAAACUCAAGCACCAGAAAUUCAAGGAAUGGAUGAUCUCCCAUGACAAGGGACGGGAAUUUAGUAAUGCACAUGGACUUGAAAUAAAAUUGAAAUGUUAAAUGAACUUGCGGAAAGUGAAGCAUAUUUUGUUCCAGCUUUGUGUAAGAACUGUGAGAAUAAAUUGUGAGUGAUGUUUAGUUGAUCAGCAUCUCAUGUACCUCUGUCAUAUAAACUAGUAUCAGUUCUCAACAUGCUAUCAGAUCCGUAAUAAUUUCUGAAGUUUCAUAUGAUUAA